UAGAUUGAAAAUAUUCGUUAUUUUGUGUUUGUAGGUUAGGGGCGUAUGUGAGAAGGCUAAAGAGAUACUAAUGGAGGAAAGUAAUGUCCAGCCUGUAAAAAGUCCUGUGACAAUUUGUGGUGAUAUUCAUGGCCAAUUUCAUGAUCUCGCUGAACUUUUCCGCAUUGGAGGGAAGUCUCCGGAUACAAAUUAUCUAUUUAUGGGAGAUUAUGUAGAUCGUGGGUACUAUUCAGUUGAAACUGUAACUCUUUUAGUGGCUCUGAAAGUGCGCUAUCCUCAACGGAUAACAAUUCUUAGAGGAAAUCAUGAAAGUAGACAGAUUACUCAAGUCUAUGGAUUUUAUGAUGAAUGUCUCCGGAAGUAUGGAAAUGCUAAUGUUUGGAAGACAUUCACAGAUCUGUUUGACUAUUUCCCACUGACUGCAUUGGUUGAAUCAGAAAUAUUUUGUCUGCAUGGUGGAUUGUCCCCGUCUGUCGAAACUCUUGAUAAUAUAAGAAACUUUGAUCGUGUUCAAGAAGUUCCACAUGAAGGUCCGAUGUGUGAUCUGUUGUGGUCUGAUCCAGAUGAUCGUUGCGGUUGGGGCAUCUCCCCUCGUGGUGCUGGAUACACUUUUGGCCAGGACAUUUCGGAGCAAUUCAAUCAUACCAACAACUUAAAGCUAAUUGCUAGAGCUCAUCAGCUCGUUAUGGAGGGAUACAACUGGGCACAUGAACAAAAGGUGGUCACUAUCUUUAGUGCACCAAAUUAUUGUUAUCGUUGUGGAAAUAUGGCAUCCAUUUUGGAAGUUGAUGACUGCAGAGAGCAUACAUUUAUUCAGUUUGAACCAGCUCCACGGAGAGGGGAACCUGAUAUAACUCGGAGAACACCUGAUUAUUUCUUGUAGAGCUGAUAGUCACUGACUUGAUGUUUGCAUGAUGGUUAGUCGGAGUUGUUUACAUGUCCUUUGCGGGUAUUUGAGCUUCUCUACUAGGCCCUUUUGAAGGUGGAAAAAGGCGUGUAAAAUGCUAGACGUGGCUCGGCUGUCCAAAUCAUAUUCUAUGUUAGGGUGGUCCCUGGAAGUGGGGUUAGUGAUGCAUGCUUGUAUCAUUUCGAAUAAUUUUUUUGAUGCUCUCUCUCUCUCUCUCUCCCUCGAUUUGGAGAAGGUGUUCUGUAGAAAUAAUGAAGAAUUUAAUUCAGUUGCUUGCUCCAGAGCUUACUCUUCUCAAUUUGAAAUGAAGCAUACUGCAAUCUUUCGUCUCAA